AUGCCUCGCUACCCUCACAUUCCCGGCAUCCCCCUGAUGGGCCCCGGCGGUCUGCGCGGGCUCACUCGCGCUUCUGAGUUUGUGACGAUGCCUCGUGCUCCCGUCCACUUUCUCAAGAACGUCGGCCCCCGUCCCGUGGUCCCUUCUGCGAUACCUCGUCCUCCUGCGCCGUUCGCACGCGCGCGCCCUCUUGUAGCUCCUGGAGCUCCUCGCCGCUUGGCCUUCCGUGACGCUCCUGUUGACCCUGUCUCAUUCCCUCGUCUUGUUCCUGCUGCUCCCCCGACCCCUCCCCCCUCCCCUCUGCGGUUUACGUAUUGGGAAACUCCCUCGCUGUCCAAGGAGGGAGUACGCCGUGCGUAUAUCAACCGCCGUCUGCCUUCAUUUUCCCCUUCCCCUUCUAGCAUUCCUGUCCCCAAGCGUUUCCUUCAGGGCGCUCCCCGCAAGCAUGCUGCCUUUUCUGUAUCUGCCUUCGCUCCAUCCCUGGAAGACGCUCUCCGUGAGCCUGCUCCCCCUACUCCCUGUAAGCCCAAGAGUGUUCGCAUUGCUGUUUCUGCCCCAACACCCCGUAGUGGUAUGUGCUCGCGCCGGAGUGCCAGCUCUCUUCGCAGCAUCCUCGUUCAGUCCCGACCAGCUGACGAGGUCAGAGUGAAGAAGAGUGUUCGGUUCGGCGACGUAGCUGUCCACGACGUUGACUACUGGAUCGACCGCAAAUCCAAUGACGACCGGGGGCUUUGGAAGAUGGGUAGAAUGCAGGGGUGGCGUGUUAUCCCCCUAUCUGAGCCCGACGAGGAUGGAUUGUGGAAUCGUUACAUGAGUAUGUGGGGGAACAGCGAUCAUCAUAGCUCUUUGUAUUAUCAUAUUGGCAUGCCGAAGUGUACAAAUCCUGGCUGUCAUUGGGAAGAAAUUGCCCAAGUGUACAGGGCCUUUCUCCGCAAAGGCGUUAGUCUUUGGGACCGACACGACCUCAUCCUGUAUGCCUGGAGUGAGCUCCGCGAGAGGGAGAGGCAGAAGGGACGAUGGUUGCUGUAG